AGUCCGCGGGGCCUGGGCUUGGGCCCGGGGAGAGUCCGCGGGGCCUGGGCUUGGGCCCGGGGAGAGUCCGCGGGGCCUGGGCUUGGGCCCGGGGAGAGUCCGCGGGGCCUGGGCCCGGGUCCGGGGAGAGUCCGCGGGGCCUGGGCCCGGGUCCGGGGAGAGUCCGCGGGGCCUGGGGCCGGGUCCGGGGAGAGUCCGCGGGGCCUGGGGCCGCGAUCAACCUCGCAGCGACUUCCCGCCCGGACACCAGCGGCGCUGGGGAUCCCCCUCCUCAUCCUCCUCCUCCCUCACAUCCCCCCACUCCUCCCUCUCACUAUUCUCUCCUCAUUUCCAUUGCCUUCCCUCCAUUCUCCCAUCUCCCUCCCUAUUCUCAUCCCCCUCCCCAUCUCCCCCCUCUCCCUUCCCCGACCCUGCUCCUUAUUUUCCCCUACUGUCCCCUUUUCUCCAUCCUUGCUCCCUUCUGUCAUUUCCCUUUCCCCAUCUUCCCCUAUUCCUCCCUUUGACUUCUUGUUCCUUUCUAAUUCUCUCUAUCUUUAGUAGAUUAAAUUCCUGUGUGACUCCUUUUCCCCUUUAUUUUCAGGAAUGAUCUCAUGCUGAAUGAUGUCUGUGAGGUUUGCAGAACCAGAUGUGGUCCUCACAGGGACCUGUCCUGGGAUGUGUCCGGAUCGAGAGAGGGAUGAACGACAGAGGCAGAAGAGACUUCACAAGUUUGAAAUCCUGGAGGGAACUGUGAGAGACUGGCUGCCCAGCGCUGACCCAUGGAGAAUAGUGAAGGAAUACUCACGACCAGCAGCUGGAAAAGAACCUGCUCAACAAUGCGAGCUUCGUCCAGCCAGUGUCCUCCUUAAAACUGUCCAUUAUCUGAUCGAUGAGAUUGUCCCACGGCAUGAGGAGCCCUGGGUGGAAGUCUACGAUUAUGUGUUUGACCGACUGCGUAGUGUGCGUCAAGACAUGACCAUCCAGAAGGUCACUGGGCCUAUCGCAGUGACCAUUCUGGAGAAGAGUGUACGCUUCCUCCUCUGUGCCUCAUACUGGUUGUGUGAGGAACCCAUUCAGGUUUUUGAUCCAAAAAUGAAUGAUAUUCAUGUUCAGGAGUGUUUCAGUUUGCUAUUUGCCAACUAUUCUGCUGGGAUUUAUGAAAAUGAAGCUGAAUUUCAGGCUCUGGCUAUUCUCUAUAACCUGGGUUCAGUGAAAGCUCUUCAACACGCCUUACUCCUACCUCACCACAUCCGAGAUUCACCUGACAUGAAGCUGGCAUUUGGCAUGAACCGAGCUUUCGCAGAGGGAAACUAUGUGCGAUGUCUGCGACAAGUUGGCAGUUUGUCCUUCGUGCAGAGCUGUGCAAUUUAUCGGCACAUUCAGCAGUUCCGGCAUCACCUGCUUCGGCUAUUUAACCAUGGCUACAGCAGCCGUAACUGUCGCUACCCUCUCCAGAGGCUGGCAAACCUGCUGGGCAUGGACAGCGUACCCUCAGCUGCUGAGCUUUGUCAGCGCCAUAACCUGGAGGUGACAGGUACCUCCGUGUGCUUCCAGAAGAGCUGCUAUAGAGAUUUUAGUCCCGGGACACGGCAACGAGAACUGGGAUUGGUCAGCAAAAAACAAGGAAGCAAAUCAAAGUCAAGCAUCAUUCAUGGCGAUUGACUUAAACUGGACUGAACAGCAGCUGACAAGGGCAGUUCCUCUUGUCCACUCUCAGCUUCUCAAGUUUCAAACACCUUUGGCCACAGUGAACUAAUCCAGGUGCAAUCUGCCUAGCCACAUUAUUAGAUAGUGUCCUAUCGGCUGUUAUGAAGGGAUUAGUGUGGGCAGUCAAUGAGCUUCUGGGAGUGCUUCCUGGGAAGAGUGUCAAGGGAGCCUUAUUCUGUGCCUGGUCCCGUGCUGUCCCUGUCCUGGGAAUGUUUGAUGGAGACAGUUGCAUUUCCAGCAUCAACAUCCCCAGCAAUAAAUGUUCACUAAAGGCAGUUGGAGUGUUUGCAUUCUGUGAUGUCGAUUGACUGGGUCUUCCACUGGGUUUCUGAGCUUUUAGCUCUGAUGGAAAAUGAACCCCUGCCAUUCUGACUGUGAGGAUGAAAUCCCAGUCCAGGAACCUUCCUCUUCUUACCUUUCUCUGAAUGUUCAUUGUUUAAUACAUUUUGAAUGUGAUAAAAUGAAAUUAUAUUUUAAGGAGUGCUUUGAUAUAAAAUUUAUAAAAUCAAUGUAUCUGUGCUCUGACGAUAGAAUGGUUGACCUCUUACCUGUGACAGCCUGAUAGAAAGCUGGUACAGGAGACUUGAAAACACAAAAUAAAAAUGAUCAUUUUUACAGAAUCUAAAUAUCUUCAGAGGUUUGCCGAGUACUUUGCAGCCAAUGAAGUCAUUGUUGUGAUUUAGAAAGUGCAGCAGCAAAUGUUGACACGAUCAGACCUCUCAAAUCGCAGUUACAUAAAUGACCAGAUGAUUGUUUUAGGGAUGUUGAUCAUGCAAUAAAUAUUAAUC